AAUUUGAAGAUGAGAGAAUUGAUGAUGAAAUCAAGAAUUCCCAAGAAAGCCCUUUUUCUCUCUUCCAUCCUACCUUUGAUUCCUUUCUUACUUCACUUCUUGGACAACGAUCAUUACCCUUCAUCUCUUCCUUUCAAAUUGUUCACUUACAGUAGUGAGAGAAACUACAUGUUCCUCUUCUUCAAUGGAAUUCUGGUCUUUCUCAUCGCCAACUCAUCUGCAGAAAGGAAUUCUCAGUUGGGUUCUGAUCAUACAGUUGAACAAAUCAAGAAAAAUCCCAUCUUUGAAAGAUCUGUUGUGAUGUUUGAAACCGAGAAAACAGAGGACGUGGUGGAUUGUUACAUAGACAAGUACCCAAUUGAAGAAGAAGAGAAAAGGUUACUCAAUGAAGAUGAAGAAGAAGUAGAUGAUUAUAAGAAAAAUGGAAAAGAUGAAAUUGAAUUGUUAAGUGUAGAUGAGUUAAACAUUAAAUUUGAGAAUUUUAUAAGGAAGAUGAGAAAGGAAAUUUACAAUGGUGGAACAUAACUCCAUUGUUUUUAUAUGUUUCUCAUUUAUUUUAAUUUAGAAUUCUUGGGUUUUCA